AUGAAGAAGCUGAUCGUAAUCGCCAUGAUGGCGGUGGUCGUCACCGCGUACAAGAACGCAAGAAGAAACAACGCUGGAUCAGCCUUCGAGGAAUUUCCACCUUAUCAAAGAACACGUCAGCACCCGCUUCUUUACGAGCAACAUCAUCCGUUCCGGGAGCAAUUGAUUAAAACGCAACAGUAUCAAUCCCACCGACGUCGCCCCAAUCGCCAGGACUUGUUCCCUUAUCUCGGUCAGCAGUCAUUCGGAGAUCAAUCCUUGUUGAAAGGUCAUUCUUCCGACUUGAAGAGGCACUCCUCGUUCUUUCCGGACGGUAUACUGUUGAGGAACGUACACGACAAAGACGGGAUGUUGUUCGGAAAGGAACAGAUCAUCGAGGAUCAAACGAACGAUCAGCAAGCACUUCGCGAUGAUUUUCGAUUCGCUGACUUGUUCGAUAAGACAACUGGCUCGUUGAAGGGACAAUCGGGACAGCUACAGUCCACCGGUUCAUUUAUCAGGGAUCCAGAGUAUUUGAAACACGGAAACCAUGGCCUCGGCUACGUCUCCAUGCCGGCGAUUUCACCGUACGAGAAUGUUCUAGCAUUGAACGAGGAAGCAUCCACGACGAUGACACCGUCAAUGGCCCCGACAUCCACCCACCAGCCAUUGCUGCAGACUACUGUCUCCAACAGCGCUUCAGCUAUCAGCCAAGUUCAUACGUCUACAACUUUCAAGCCGAAAAUGGCUUCGCUGAAGGCCUCGUAUAUGGCGACAAUGCCAACCGUGAAAUCCGAUACGCUCGCUGAUGCAGGUACCACAAGCCCAUCUACUACGGCAGUUUCCACGAUGGUACCUCUAGCUCCGAUCACCGUGAAGCAAUCUUCGAACUUGGCUCAUCCGACAGCUUUGACCACCGAGGCCAGCAUACCUGUCAUGCCCACGGAAUCUCCGAUCAUAUCCUUCGGACAGACGAUACCGCCAAUUGAAUUUCCAGCAGCAAAGUUCAUCGCACCAGCGUCUCAUUAUUACCUCUCGAACGGAUUGAAGAACACCCUGCAGCAGUCUCUGCUCAGCUAUCUGACAUCCCAACAGCUGAAGAGUCCUGAUAAAACCAACGGAUCGACCGCACUGUUGGACAACGCGUUGAACAACAACCUGAUUACCAAGCUUCAGAGCCCAGCGUUGAGUUACACGCUACCAGAAGAGUCGAAGAUCACGCUGAAGGAUAAUCUGCAGAUUCCUCUAUUGAACUAUCUGCUGCAACAAGAAUCGAAUCGUGCUCUACCAGUCGCGCACACUACCAUACCGGAAACUGUGAAUUACAUUCCGCUAGAGUCACUAGUCGACAAGCCGAAGCUGGUUCUACCAACUGUCCCGAUUGCAACUUUGUCAGCGGUUUCUCGACCGUUGCAGACCAUAAACUAUGCCUCAACGACGCUGCCAAGAGUGUCUGCUCUCCCGUUAGGUCUGUCCUCGAACGUAGCUGAUGGCCAGGCGACGGGUUUAUUCAACAGUUUACCUGGCGGGAUAGGCGGAAUAUCUGCGGGCAUACCGACGUUGAACUUCGGUCAAAAUUUCCAGCACGCCGGCCAACUACGACAAUUUCAGGUGGCAAGAAAUCAACCGUACUCCGCAGGAUUGCAGCUGCAGCUGGGCGGCUUCGAAGGGAUAGAUUACUCCUUACGCUCGUCUAAUCCCACCCUACGGCCCACGGACCUCGGGAUCGCGAAAGUGGGCUUAAGUUUGCCAGAAUUACCGCGACAUCAGCUUGCCACGUUCCCCAAGGUUGGAUUCGGACAACACUUAUUGUGAACGCGGAAGUUG